AUGCAUCGUGCUGUAUCGAUUCGUGAGCAGGGUGUUUUGCAAUUUCAUGGUGAAAAGGCGUACGUGGUGGAGCCUGGCCAGGCACGCCGUCUCUCUGUACGACCUCGAUCUAGGUCCAAGGCAUGGCAGGCCAUGUGGUCUGCCAGCUUCUGUGGGGCCUCGCGUAUGCGCGAGUAUGUACUGGUGCACUCGGAAGCACCGGCUACCUUCCACACACACCUGUAUGCCAUUAAAUCGCCUCAUUCUCUUCAAGCGUGUUUAGCCUUGCAUGCCGAGUCACGCACGGAUGUAUGGCAGGCGCCUAAUGAGCAUGGUACUUUGGUAUGGCACCUCAGCGCUGCAGGUAUCAAUGAGGAAGGCACCAUGGUCGAAUGGGUCAUUUGCCUGAACGCCAACGAGACAGAGGCGAGGAUGUACUUGCAAGCCCUGCGCAGCAGUAUUCGGCGUCUUGCGCGGCUGUCAAGUGGGCCCACAUCCUAUGUUUGCCCCGCCUCACAUCCGUCCCAGGAGCAUGAUACGUAUGCGCCAUACAAAAGCAAGCUCGAAUGGCUUGUAGGCUCUGAUGUGCCUGUGCUCAUUGAGUCAAGUCCGCGGCCUGCGACACGAUUGCCAUCACCCACACGGCCAGCCUCGGUGGCUACCAUUCGCGCACCUUGUCCGGCGGAAUGGUCGCCCAUUGAGACGCACUUUGAUUCUCUACUUAUGUCACUCGAUGCCCAUCAUCUGCCUGCAGCCUUACAGGCAUCGAUGGAAUGGAUCGACUUUGAUUCGCUCUCUGCCGCCUCGUCGCCCAGCAUCUCUCCGACGCCGUUGCGUCGUGCCUCCGGCCUGCACUAUGGCUCGGCUGGCCGACGUGCGUCGUUGGUCGUUUCGCCUCGUCGUCGUACCUCGCUUGUGGCUGUGUAG